AUGCAGUUCUCUGUGCUCUUUAGUGCGCUCAUAUCUUUCGUCAUCCUCGCUGCGGCGUCACCCACGCCAGGAGCCAUCUCGAAACGUUCCUUCAAGCGAGAGAACCUUGACAUCAAUUUUCCACGUGAUCUCCUAGAAGAGACUAAGAAGCGCGAGCGCGAGUCAGAGUACGCAUCUGCUGCUACGAGAAAGGAGCUCAAUAACGGUCAUUCUGAAUACGAAGUUGUGCCUUGA